AUGGCCGCGGGGCACAGGGACGUGCUGGUGCUGCUGCCCACGCAGGAGCAGCUGCGGCUGGUCGUGGGGGUGCAGGCCACCGGGCGCGAGCUGUUCCAGCAGGUGUGCGACAAGACCGGCGUCAGAGAAGCCCGCUUCUUUGGCCUCAGUGUGAUCAAAGACAACGAGCACAUGUUUAUGGAUUUGGAGCAGAAGCUCAGCAAGUACUUCCCGAAGGACUGGGGCGGAGAACCGCAGAAGGGCGGCGGGCGCUGCGGGGCGGCCUCCGUGGUCUUCCUGCGGGUGCAGCACUACGUGGAGGACGGCAGGCUGAUGAGAGACCGGGCGGCCCGGCACCUGUACUACUGCCACCUGAAGGAGCGGGUGCUGGGGUCCCGGUGCACCCACCGCGAGGAGGCGUACUUCCUGCUGGCCGCCUACGGGCUGCAGGCCGACCUGGGCAACCACCGGCCCCAGGCCCACGUGGGGCGGUACUUCGAGCCUGAGGCCUACUUCCCACAGUGGGUCAUCGCCAGAAGGGGCAGCGCCUACCUCCUCAGGCACGUGCCCGCCCUGCACCGCGAGCAGCGGGGCCUGAGCCCCAAGGAGGCCGCGCUGCGCUUCAUCCGCGAGGCCUGCCGGCUGGAGGACGUGCCCGUCCACUUCUUCAGGCUGCACAAGGACAAGAAGGAAGACAGACCUACUGUCCUCCUGGGGCUGGCCCUCAGGGGGUUGCACGUCUACCAGGAGGGGGGCCACACUCCACGGCUGCUGUACGACCUCCCCUGGUCCCGCAUUGGGAAGCUGGCGUUCCUGGUGCGUAAGUUCGAGAUCCAGCCUGACGGGCUGCCGUCGGCCCGCAAGCUGGUGUACUACACAGGCGGCACCGCCCGCUCCCGCCACCUGCUGCGGCUGCUCAGCGCCAGCCACCAGCUGCACCUGGCCCUGCAGCCCCUGCUGGGGCACCUGCGGCAGCUGGAUGGGGCGCAAGAGAAGUGCUACCGGGAGACCUACAUCAGCGACACGCUGGAGCUGGGCCUGCGCCCGACCCCAUCCCCGGCCCCGGCCCCGGCCAGCAGCGGACUCAGCGGGGACAGCAGUGGCAGCGGCCGGCACCGCCCCCGCCGGGGCCUCCCGCCCCUCUCCGCCCACAGCCACGGCAGCUCCCGCACGCCGGGCAUGGAGCCCGGGGAGAUGGCGGUGGACGCGCCCUCCGGGGCCGAGGCGGCCUCCUGCGGCCCCAGCCCAGGCCCUGGGGACACAGCGGGUGGUGGUGGAGGCCCGCCCCAGGGGGACGUCCAGGGCCCAGGCAACGCCUCUCGCCCCCAGGAGCCCAGGGCGGUGGUGCGGGUCACGCUGGUCAAGAUGAGGGGCUGGAGUGCCGAGGCCCUGUACCAGGUACCCCCAGCGGCCUCGGGCCCCAUCCCCUCGGACCAGCACAGCCGCAGCCUGGAUGACCUGCGUCCCGGCCGCGCCCCGCGACCUGUGCCUGCCCCGCGCCGCUGCCUGGGGGGCGCGGCGCUGGGCCCCCGACCCGCAGCCCUUGGCGACCAUAGGCCCACGCGCGGCCUCCCCCUGGCUCUCCCGGGGGAGGACCAGCCCCCCGUGGAGUUUGUGGUGUAG